AUGGCGUCCUCUAAAGUGAGCAUGAAGCUUUAUAUAGAUAGAAAGAAUAGCCGAGUGCUGUUUGUUGAAGCGGGCAAGGAAUUCAUCGACUUCCUCUUUAACUUUCUGGCACCACCAGUCGGAACUCUCCUUCCACAUCUCAAUCGAGAAGUAUUGAGCGGCUUGCAUAACAUUUACGAGAGCAUUCAAAAUUCUAGCGGUGCUUACCUUCAACCAAACGUACUCAAAGACACUCUCCUGAAGCCCAAAGUUUACGUCUCCGGUGGUUGUGCAGACCCUCUCCUCCAAUUGCUAGACGUCGAAUUUUCAACACCCUGGACAAUCUUUGGGUGUUAUGAAAAGCACACAUAUAUGUCCAAAGAUUAUGGCCUAAACUGUCCUAUGUGCAACAGACCUAUGAACUACUCUUAUAAACUUAUAGGCCCAUCGUCAAAACCCUCCUCCGGGGAGGGAGGGUACGUGAAAGGGACGAUUACGUACAUGGUGUCGGAUGAUUUGGCGGUGGAACCGUUGACCUCAAUUAUUGGCACUCUUCGUAACAAGUUUAAUGUCAAGGACAUAGGGGCCCUUGACGAGAAAGUGGUUGAUUUGGACAUGGAUGUGGGUUUGAAAUUGCUCAAGGCUUCUCUGCAAUCGAAGGGUAUUCUAACUGAUGUUUUCCUCCCAAUGAUGAAGAAGGAAGUCAAGAUGGAGAAAUAA